CCUUUAAGAGCAUCAGCAUCCUCCUCUGUCACGGACGCGCACACAGCAGUUCAACAUUUGAGAAUACAGUUUAGCUUUCUGCAUAUACAUUCCUUCCAAAGAUACAUCAAAACAUCACAUCAUUGCAUUUAUCGUCAUUAUUUCUCCACUGGACCUUAAUGAAUUUGCCUCAACGAUCGCCGUAGCGGUCCAUCAGAUCGUUAUUGCUCUUAUUGCCUUCCUUCCCGCAUCCAUACACUGAUCUGCGCUACAAGAUGGCUGAGUUGAAUUUGGGAAAAGGGUUGACCGCAGGAAAAGUGGCCAGCAAUGUUCAGAAGAAAUUAACGCGAGCCCAGGAAAAGGUUCUCCAAAAGCUCGGCAAAGCCGAUGAGACCAAAGAUGUUGCUUUUGAGGAGGGAGUGAUCAACUUCAACAAACAAUAUACUGAAGGCAGCAAACUGCAAAGGGACCUUCGGGCAUACCUGGAGGCGGUAAAAGCCAUGCACGAGUCCUCCAAAAACGUGCAGGCGUGUUUGGCUGACAUGUAUGAGCCAGAGUGGUACGGCAAGAACGAAGUGGAUUCGAUUGUGGAGGACUGCGAUGUGCUGUGGACUGACUACCACCAAAAGUUGGUCGAUCAUGCUCUCAUCUCCAUGGAUACUUACCUGGGCCAGUUCCCUGAUAUCAAGGCACGUAUAGCUAAGAGGGACAGGAAGCUGGUCGAUUACGACAGUGCCAGGCACAACUAUGCCACCACACACAAGACCAAGAAAAAGGAUGGGGGCAUUAAAAUUACAAAGCCCUCCUCUUUGCUGGAGAGGGCCACUCCCGGUUGGGCUCAGGGUAUCUUGUCUGCACACAAUGUUGCCCAGAGCAGUCUGUCCAGGAGCCAGGCUGAGGAAGAGUUGGAGAGAGCCCAGAAGGUGUUUGAGGAGAUUAAUAUUGACUUGCAAGAGGAGUUGCCUUCCCUCUGGAACAGUCGUGUUGGAUUUUAUGUCAGCACCUUCCAGAGUUUGGCUGGUUUUGAGGAGAAGUUUCACAAGGAAAUUGGCCGGUUGGAUCAGGAUUUGUAUGACAUCUUGGAACAAUUGGAAAGUACAAACACUCAUCAAGCAAGCAGAAAGACAGGUACCAGCGGCGCCUCAUCGUCAGGAACAAAUAGGAGUGCGGUUGGAAAAGAAGCAUCUAACCACACACUCAGGCCAGGAGGUCCACCACCAAUCCCUAAAUCUCCAUCCAAGCUAAGGCCUGCAGUGCCUCCUCCACCCAAGGUGACCCCAUCUAAGGAAUUGAAAACAGAGCACAUCGUCAGCCUGUUUGAUGCUGCAGCUACUCCUGAUAUCAGCGUCACCUCCCCUACAGAGAUGGAAAACUGGGACUCAUGGCAUGAGGACAUUGGUGCCCAGGAAGAGCACACCAAGCAGCACUAUGACCCUUUGGCUGCUGCUGCAGAUGCCUGGGGGGAUGAUGGUACACAGCCUAUCCGCUAUGACCCCAUAGCAGCCGCCGCAGAGGGCUGGGGGGAUGACGGAACCCAACCAGUUCGCUAUGACCCUGGGGCUCUGGCUCAGCAGCCAGAGGGGGAUGACGAGAGCCAGCAGGCUCAUUACGAUCCUGUGGCUGAAGCCCAGGAGGACUGGGGUGAUGAGGGGGGCCAGCUUGUCACAGAAGUGCCCGCCCCAGGGGAUGACACACCUGCAGCUGAGACUCCAGCUCAUGUCGCUGAGGAAGAAGCCACACCAGCUUCUGCUACGUUGGAUGAUGAAGAGGGUCAGGGUGAGUCUGCAACAGCAGCUGCUGCAGCACCAGAGAAGGACACACCGACAGAGGAGACACCUGAAGUAGCAGCAGAAUCAACAGAAGUUGAAUCAGAGUCUGAAGAAAUGCCACCUGGCUUCUUGUAUAAGCUCCAGGUGAUGCAUGAUUAUGCUGCCAAUGACACAGACGAACUGGAGAUGAAGACUGGUGAUGUGGUGCUGGUAAUCCCCUUUGACAACCCUGAAGAACAGGAUGAUGGUUGGCUGAUGGGAAUGAAGCAGGACGACUGGCGGGAGAACAAAGGAAAUGCCCUUAAAGGAGUGUUCCCUGAAAAUUUUACCCAGAGGCUGUGAUGACAGGACGUCAUUCCAGCUUCCUUCUUCAUGUCUCUCUUCCUCUUGCCUCAAUCCUUCCUUUCCUCUCUUGCCCUGAUACUGUAUCUUUGCUAGGACUUUGGCCAUAGAAUCAGAGUUGUCACAGCCAUGGUUGAAAUCUUGCAUUUCUAAGGUCUGCUACACUGUGCUAAAAGUGGAUCUUGGCAUUUCUUUGGAUUUAUGCCAACAUUUCCAAUUACAAAUGCAGCCAUUUCACAGGUCCCACUCUUUGCUGUCUUGCAGGUAUAUUGUUGCUACUCCAUAUCGGAGGAAUUGAUUAGAGAAUCCUGAUAAUACAGGGUCGAUGCAGGGAUGGGUGCCUCUGCAAUGGCUACUGCUGCAAUUGCAUUAUGUUUUAUUCUUAGCCAUGUGUCAUCAUAAACUCUCCAAGGCAUAUUCCACCACCAUAACAGAGAAAAUGUAUUUUGAGACAUGCUUUUGUUCAUCUGAUACUGAGAGAUUGAGCAGUAUAAUAUUAUUCAGACAAUGCCAAGUGUAGCAAAUUAUCCCUUACACACAUAUACAGUAAGCCCUGAAUUGCGUGUGUGUGUGUGUGUGUGUGUGUGUGUGCGUUUGUGUGUGCGUUUGUGUGUGUGUGUGUGUGUGUGUAAUUACUAAAGCCAGACUGACAGGAAGGCAAACGUAAACUUAGUAGAGUCCUCACUUGGUUUGAAACAUUCACCCAGCAGAGUAAUACACUGGAAAAUUAGAACCAAUUCUCAGCUGGCAAUUUUGCUUCAGUCAAAUGCAAAAACACCUUUGAUUACAUAAGGUGCAGAAUCAGCACAUAACCAGCCCAUAAACUCAUCAACAGUGAAGAUAUAAAGUGGGCAUGCAUGUUUCUUCACCUGUGGUUAGCUUCUCUGACAAAUAUAAGUGGAGGUGGAGCAUAGGAAGGGUUGUAUUAAGCAUUGCGGUUUCGGUAUAUUCCAGUAUUUCUUAUUUACUGAUCCAGUCACUCUGGGGUUGUGCUGACCCAAUGUCUGUUGGAUACAUUCAGCCCAUCUUUUAUUCCUACUUUGAUUGUGUACUUGUGAAACAUUGAAACAUGCGCCCUAGGUUGUCGUUUUAGUUUAGAUUAAAUGGUAGUACAGAAUGAGUAGUAUGAACCUCUUGUUAAAAUCCUAAUACAUGUAUUUAAUUGGUCAUCUAACACCAACCUUGUUAAAGACAGCAGGAAUUCAAUAUAAACUUGCUUUAAAAAUCCAAACAGAGAUACUGAUCCCAGAGUCCUAUAGAGUAGAAAAACACGACUGUGUUCAACUUUGUCAGUCCGGUUUUUUUAUUCCUUGUUGAGUUUGUGUGAAGUUGUGUGAAGUGGGCAUGUAAAAAAAUAUUUUUAAGUGACUUUUUUCAGAAAGGAUUCCAAAUAUGCAUUAGCCAGGCUAGCUAAAAAGCUAGCCACCAAACUGCAACAAUGAGACGCUGCUACUGGUAGUAUAAUAGUAAGGCAGAUUGGGUUACACCUUAACGCUAAUCAUAUAUAUAUAUAAUAACUGAGCCAGCCUCAUUCGUUUUUGAAAAAUGUGCCGAAAACAAUUCCUUCCGUUUGCAGAGAGACAACUCAAAUGCAGAUGAUUCAGAUUAUGCACCAGAGCAACUUCUUUUAUUUUUGUAUGCUGCCAAGCAAUGACUACAUAUAGCCUAAUGUAACUUUGUCAACAUAAUUGCCAACUUACUGUAGGAUGGUAUGGAGUGUUUUGUACUUCUGUCAAGUUUACUGCUCUCAACAUAGUCGCUUACUGUAGGUAGUUAAAACUAUCUCAUUCAUUCAGUCACUGACUCAGAAGAGAUAGACAUUUCUCAUGAUGUUAUUAACAUGUAAUAUUUGUGCGAGAAAAUGUUUUUUGCGAUUGUAUGUGUGUGUGUGUGUUUACAGGUUGUUUGGAAACAUACAUUAUUUAUCUAUAGCCUAUUGUUAUUGGACAAUAUCACCACCACCUACCAGGGGAUGAAGUCGUUCGUUUUACAAGAAGUUUUUUUUCUGACUGGACAAAGACAACUCAAGUGUAUUUGGGUCUUUACCCACUGGCUGGUAUUAUGGUUCCAGGUGUUAUUGUGCAUUGGUUGUGUAUAAGUGUAAUUUUGCCAAGCUCUGAUGACAGAUAAUAUUCAUAUUCUAUAAAGACAUUCAUAUCUGUGUGUGAGUUACUGUGAGCAUGCUGACUUCCCAUGUGUUGUUAUGUGAACACCCUUAAUUUAAGACAAUGAUACUUGGGUCACUUUUGAGGCAGCUGAAACAGGCAGAUUUAUUUAUUUUUUAUUAUUUUUUAUUUUCUUAGUAAGAGGGAUGGUGUGCAGCUGUUUAUGGCAUAUGUCUCCACUAUUCCCCUCAAAUCAGUACUAAAAAUAAUUGCUGGUUGUCCAUUAGCCCUGCCUCAAAAUGUUGCCAGGGUAUCGUGGUCCAAACAGACUUACCAUGAUUACAUGGAGACAGGACACAGAGAGAAACAUUCCCAACCACCAGACUCAGGUGGACAAAUGUUUUCCAAUGGUUUUCAGUAUUUUAAACGCUUGAGAAGUGCAUGAUUUUUUUUCAUACGUAUUUGAAAAAGCCUUAUGUGAGAACAUCACUUGCAUAUUUAGAUGAACCAAUCACUUUCAUAUUUUAUAUUUUAUUUUCAAACAUACCGUAUGUUUCACCUGGGUCUGGUUCUCUAUUCAUCUAUAUGGAUGACACUGUCUCCUGUGAUGAGCUAUGGGAUAUGACAAAAAGGUUUUUCCUGUACCUAAAUGACCAAUAAUAAUAAAAAUUAUGUAGAAUCUCCUUUUC